AUGCUGCAAGAGGAACUCAAUCACAUCCUCUCCACAAAAUCAAGCAAUCUCUUGUUUACAGAAGAGGAUGUAUUUCCGAAUGACAUCAUUUCUGUAAUUUUACAAUAUUUGGAUUCCAUCACUGUGGCAAGAACGUGUAUGAGAAUUUCCAAGCAAUGGUUGACCCAGUCGUUGCAAAUUCCUUUAAAUUUGGAUUUGUUUGGGUGGCAACAUAAAGAUCGCAUUCCUUUGCUUUCAAAUUGCCUUCUACUCAAGAAUUUAACAAAGUUGGACUUGGGUGAGAAUAAAUUGAGUCAACAACAAGUUGAAGCAAUUUUAACAAGCCCUCACAUCAAGAAAUUAACCAGUCUAAAUCUUGGUAACAAUAAUCUUAAUUCGAAUGAUAUGCAGCACCUGUCCAAUGCUUUCAACAAUGGUAAUCUUCGACACUUGACACGACUGAGUUUUUAUUCCAAUAGCAUUGGAAGUGAGGGUGCCCAAUGCAUCUCAAACAGUUCCGAUCUCAAGUCGUUAAAAUUUUUGAAUUUGAGCCAGUGCAAUAUUGAAUCGAGAGGUGUCAUGUUGCUCUCACUCAGCGAAAACAUGACCAAUGUACAGACUCUUCUAUUGAUGGCAUGUAAAAUUGGACCAGAGGGUAUGGACCACUUGUUGAAUUGCAAAUCGUCUCGAUUAGUCAAUCUCACUGAUUUAAAGUUAAAUUUCAAUCAUAUUGCGAGUGAGGGUGUACAAUUACUGGUUUCUACUGGACAACAUUUCCUCAACCAUUUACAAAAUUUGAAUUUGGAAGGCAAUCACAUUGAUGAUGAAGGUGUAAGAAUCCUAGCUUGUUGUCCAAAUCUCAAUAGGCUGAAGAACUUGUCCUUGAAAACCAACAACAUUACCCCUGAAGGAGUCCAACAUCUCGCCACUAGCAAUUACUUGGUCAAUUUGGUCCGACUCAGUUUAUCCAAUAAUCAGGUCGGAAAUGAGGGAUGUAAGGCUCUUGCUUCGAGUCCUCGUAAUUUUUUGAAAUUAACACAUUUAGAGUUAGGUUUUGCGCGCGUUGGACAAGAAGGAGUGUUGGAAAUUUCAAAACAACGUUUCAGAGAUCCGUUUCAUUUGCCAAAGCUUUCCAAGUUAAAUAUUUAUGGCAAUGAUAUUGGAGACGCAGAAUUGAUAGAUGUCAAAUUGAAAGAAUUGAUCACACAACAAAUUAUCGUUUUUUAA